CAAAUACUUAUCCAAAAUUCUCUCCCAAAUCUCAAUCUCUCUCUCAUAUAAAUCAAAUAAGAAAUCAGAAACCGCAGCCUCGUUCGUAUCCACAAUCGCAAUCGCAAUCACAAUCACAAUCGCAAUCACAAUCGAUCGAUCUUCAACAGUAGCAGAUACGAUGUCGAAAUCGAGGAAUAUUCCGAUUCCGAUUCCGGCAAGUCUAACGGCGGCGGUGCUACUGCUACUGGUAGGAGCAGCAGUCGGAAAUGGCGGCGAGAUCGGCGUUUACGAGCUGAAAAAAGGCGACGGUGAAGUUGCGGUGAGGAUUUCCAACUACGGCGCAACCGUUUUGUCGCUCCACGUCCCUGACAGGCACGGGAAGCUUGACGACAUUGUUCUUGGCUUCCAAUCCAUUGACGACUACAAGAACGAUACAGCCUAUUUUGGGUCAAUAGUUGGGCGUGUGGCGAAUAGAAUCAGCGGUGCGAAGUUCAAUUUGAGUGGCCAGGUGUACCAUCUACCCCCAAAUGAUCAUGGAAAUACCCUUCACGGUGGGACGCAAGGAUUUUCCGACGUUGUUUGGAAAGUUCGUGAGUUUGUUCAAAAUAGUCACUUGUCUCUUACUUAUGACAGCCAUGACGGAGAACAAGGUUUUCCGGGCAAACUAACGGUGACGGUGACGUACUUCCUCAUCGGCCGGCGGACCUUCGCCAUCAGAAUGGAGGCGACGCCGCACAACAAACCAACUCCGGUCAAUCUCGCCACCCACACCUACUGGAACCUCGCCGGCCACGGCAGCGGCGACGUCCUCUCCCACACCCUCCACCUCCACGCCGCCGCCGUCACUCCGGUCGACGCCGCCCUCAUCCCGACCGGCCGGGUCGUCCCGGUCCAGGGCACGCCGUACGACUUCCUCCAGCCGCGCCCCAUCGGAAGCCGCCUCGCCGCCCUCCCCGGCGGCUACGACAUCAACUACGUCGUCGACCGGUCCGCCGCCGCCGGCCACCUGGCGAAGGUGGCGACGGUGAGGGAGGCGGCGAAGACCGGCCGGAAAAUGGAGAUGUGGAGCAACCAGGUCGGCGUUCAGGUGUACACUAGCAAUAUGCUGAACCGGACCGCCGGGAAGGGCGGCGCCGUCUACGGCGUCCACGCCGGACUGUGCCUGGAGACGCAGGGAUUUCCCGACGCCGUGAACCGGCCGAAUUUUCCGUCGCAGGUGGUCCGGCCGGGGGAGAAGUAUUUGCAUGUGGUGGUUUAUAGGUUCACGGCGGCGUAGGUUUGGUCGGCUCGGCUCGGCUCGGCUUCCGGUGUGCGGCGGCGCUGGUGGUGCGGUUCAAUUUGUGCGCUCUCUCUCUAUAUAUAUGAUUUGUGAAAUGUUAAAAAUGUACGGAUGUUAUCAAUAAUAAUAAAAUAAUACAAUUACGAAUAAGAAAAUUUGGGGCA